AUGGAGUCUAUUUCGCAGGGCUGGAAUGGGGGACAGCAUGAGGGUCCGACAUCUUUUGUGGACAAGAUUGUGAAUUGCCGACGAGCUAUAUCUCAUUGGCGUAAGGAGCAGGUUCCGUUUGGGCGAGACAUUAUUGAGGACCUCAAACGCCAGUUGGAAGUGGCCCAAGCGGAUGAUGCGGUGGGGGUUAAAAAUACAAAGUAUUUUCAAGCUCAAACAAAGCAGCGACGGGCUCGUAAUAGGAUCACUGGGCUCUACGAUAAGAAUAAUGUUUGGUCGACUAAGGAUGAUGAUAUUUGUUCGGUGGCGGUCUCGUAUUUUGAGGAUUUGUUUACUUCUAUUAACCCGUCUAAUUUUCAGGAAGCCUUAAGUGAGGUGAAAAGGGUAAUAACGGAGGACGUAAACGAUCGUUUAACAACUCCAGCAAUAGUGGCGGAGGUCCGCAAGGCCUUAUUCUUGAUGUCUCCGGAUAAGGCUCCGGGACCAGAUGGAAUGACAGCUUUGUUCUUCCAGAAGGCUUGGCGAGUGGUCAAAGAGGACCUUGUGGCUAUGGUCAAUCGGUUUUUUGAAGAAGGGGUUUUUGAUAAAAGUCUGAAUAGGACGCAUAUUUGCUUGAUUCUGAAGGUGGCUAAGCCAACCAGGAUGGCGGAAAUGCGGCCUAUUAGCUUGUGUAAUGUGGGGUAUAAGCUUAUUUCGAAAAUCAUGUGUCAACAGUUGAAGGGAGUGUUACCUGAGCUUGUCUCAGAAACACAAUCUGCUUUUGUCCCACGACGAUUGAUUUCGGAUAACAUUCUCAUCGCUCAGGAGAUGUUCCAUGGUUUACGCACAAAUCCAUCGUGUAAAGGAAAAUUUAUGGCGAUCAAAACGGAUAUGAGUAAGGCGUAUGAUAGGGUUGAAUGGGGUUUUACUGAGGCUUUGUUACGGAAGAUGGGCUUUGGGGAGAUUUGGAUUUCUCGGAUUAUGUUUUGUGUCACUUCUGUUGAAUAUAAGGUUCUUUUAAAUGGCCAACCUAAUGGUAGGAUUGUUCCGGAAAGGGGAUUACGGCAGGGAGACCCUUUGUCUCCUUAUCUGUUUAUUUUGUGCACGGAGGUCUUAGUUGCAAACAUCAAGCGGGCAGAACGGGAAAAACAAAUAACAGGGAUUAAGUUCGCAAACAAGUGUCCGCCAAUCACGCAUCUGCUUUUUGCAGAUGAUAGUCUUUUUUUCUGCAAAGCGGAUAAGCUUGGUCAUAAGGUGGAUGAUGCUGUUCGGGCAGAGAUGCAGGGGGUUUUGGGGAUUUCGAAUUUGGGUGGGAUGGGAUCUUAUCUCGGGUUGCCGGAGAGUCUCGGAGGGUCUAAGACAAAGUUAGCUUGGGAUAAACUCUGCUGCAGUAAGCAGUUGGGGGGCUUGGGUUUCAGGAAUGUUGAUGCUUUCAACACGGCAUUGCUGGCAAAACAAUUGUGGAGGCUAAUUGAGGCCCCGGAUACAUUGUUUGCCCGGGUUUUCAAGGGCAGGUAUUAUCGCAAUUCCAACCCUAUGGAUCCGAUACGCUCUUACUCUCCAUCUUAUGGGUGGAGAAGUAUUACUUCCGCUAGAUCUUUUGUUAAUAAAGGCCUUAUUAUACGGGUCAGUUCAGGGGAGUCCAUUUCGAUAUGGACGGAUCCCUGGGUACCGGCUCAAUCCCCAAGACCGGCGUUCAGCAAGGGUCCCCUUAAGGAUCCUUCUCUUAAAAUCUCUCAGUUAAUUGAUUGUCACACUAAUACUUGGCGUAUGGAUAGGCUUAAGGAGUUUUUUGCCCCGGAAGAUGUUGAUCUGAUAGGGGCUAUUCCUUUAGGAAGUCGUCGACUAGAUGACUCCAUGGGUUGGCAUUAUACGAAAUCAGGAAAGUACACUGUUAAAUCUGGCUAUGAAGUGGAUCGUCGUUAUGCUCCACAGCUUACGAGGGUCCCUAGAGUGGGUCCAGAGAUAACACCUCUGCUGGCUGCUGUCUGGGAUGUCUCUUGUCCACCAAAAAUUCAACAUUUUAUGUGGCAGGUUUUGACAGGAUGUAUUUCGGUAUCGGCAAAUCUCCGACGGCGUGGUAUUUCCUGUGACCCUGCAUGUGUACGGUGUGGGGCUGAAGAGGAAACAAUUAAUCAUGCUAUUUUCCAAUGCCCACCGGCUCGGCAGACAUGUGCUUUAGCUCAGGUUCCUGUAGGUCCUGGCUCUUUCCCGACAGAGUCUAUUUAUGCUAAUGUAGACCAUUUCUUAGGUUCUUCUAAUCCGGGCUCUCAGGCAUCUGUGUUCCUGUGGCUUAUGUGGUAUAUUUGGAAAGCGCGAAAUGCACGUGUUUUUGAGAAUGUGUUGGAAAAUCCACUGGAUGUCAUUUGGUUGGCGGAGGGGGAGGCGAAUGUCUGGUUACAGGCUCAGGUGGAGGUGGAGGAUGAGGAUCAACCACACGCUCCCCUUGUCCCUUUUUCUAGACAAAGGGGGCUCACCCCUUUUUGUCCUUCCUCUUUUACAGGCUAUCGGUGUUUUGUUGAUGGUUCUUGGAAAGCGACAAAUGCUCUUGCAGGUGCAGGUUGGUUUUGUUCUUCCACUCAAGAUUCGAGAACGGACAUGGGAGCUACCAAUUUCCGGAAAAGUUUGUCUCCACUCCAUGCUGAAGUAGAAGCUCUCAUUUGGGCUAUGCGUUGCAUGAUUGGACAUGAUUACCGGGACGUGGUAUUUUAUACGGAUUGUUCUGAUUUGGUGAAGAUGGUGUCUUCUCCUCAUGAAUGGCCGGCUUUCACUCCCUACCUCGACGACAUCAUGAUAGAUCAGGUGGAGUUCUCUUCUUUCUCUCUAUCUCUGGUCUCACGUACUGCCAAUGUCAAAGCGGAUUCCCUGGCACGCCAAGCACGACUGUCACCGCAGCAUGUUUUGUUUGUGAACUCUUUUCCUCUAAAUUGGCUCGUUUGA